GUAGCGCGAGGUCCACUUCUCGCAAGCGAUAGCAUGCCGCCGGCCUCGCAGUUUCACAGACAGUUGUCCACAGCAGCGUUGCCCUUUGCAGUAGAGACCGUGCUAACAAACGCUUCUUCUAGCUCCCAUGUGAUUGCUCGUGCUGGCAUCUGUGAGCCAGCGACCGACGAGAAGACGGGCCUAGCGCCGGCCCGGCCAGAGCCAGCCCCCACGCCGUCGCCUGCGGUGGCUGCUGCCGUAGCGCGUGUGCUCCAGGCCUCAUGUCGGCUUGGCAGUUUGAGUGGCAGCAGCCGGGGCCCCUGCAAUGGUGCUGGGGGCGAACAUCACGUGACAGUGGUGGGCAGCGACGGAAGGACGGCCGUGUCUCAAGGCACCGGCAGCGGCAAACCUGUGACAGGGCGCACGGCGGCACACCAGUGGCAGCCGCACGAGCUGGAGGUGGUGCUAGCUGCGGCCCUGCGGUUUCGGGCGGCCCAGCAGUCAAGAUCCGCUGCAGGGGGCGCUGACUACGGGACGCCACAUGAACUGCAAAUUAAACGGGCACCGCGAGCGCCCGUUGGAGAGGUGACGAAGAUGAUCUUGCAGCUAGGUUGGGACCCGGCAGAUGUACGGGCGCGCAGCAGGCUGCGCAUCAAGCUGAGUCAAAUCCGCGCGCAACUCGACCAUGGGCAGAGCCCUGAAGAGGUCACGAGCACCACCAGGCGCGCAAGGUCGAUCAACCAGAACCUGCGGUGGAGGGUAUGGUGCCGCGACGCCCUGCGCGCCCUGCCUGGAAACCAGGGAACAUCCGACCAAGUAUGCGCGAUGCUGCUUGCAAAUUCCAAGAUUGCUCCCCUGCUGGACCGCAGGUGCGAGUUGCUGUUUGAGGUACAUGCAGGACAACGCUCCGUCGCUCACUGGCAAAAGUCUGUGUUCUCCGCCAUUGCCAAGGUACCUGGUGUGGUGAAGACCGGCGAGAAGCGGGACAGAAGGCACGUGUACCGCUACGACCCACAGGGGGCAGAGCUGCUUCAGGCUGCAGCCAAGCGCAGGCGGAAGACAAAGGGAGGCAAGGGCGAGGCGGCCAUGCCGCACCUGGGUGCCGGGCAGUAGUAGAGGGAGGCGGCAGAGCCGCUUCAGGCUGCAGCCAAGCGCAGGCGGAAGACAAAGGGGGGGGGCGUCCAUGCCGCACCUGGGCCCCGGGCAGUAGUAGGCAGGCAGCGGGAGGGAGGGAGGUGCCGGGAGAAAGUGGGAGGCGGCGCAGGCGGAGCGAGAGCUUCGGAAGGAGUCAGAAGUCUUUGGGAGGACUGGGAGGAGGACUGGGGCAGUACGGCAACUGCGUUUGCGCUGGUAGUGGCACUUGCAACAUAUGGGACGGGUUAGUGCAUUGGACCCUUGCGCUUACGGUACACGUGCGCAUUCCCAAGUCCUUCUGCGCAGGACUGUGCAUCUCAAGCCCACGGUUCACGGUAUGUGUCAGGUGUUUGAGCUGAUCGAAAGGGCUGGAAGGGCGCAGGCCAGCAGGCAAUCGAAGCACCGGUCGUGCAAUCAUGCAGUGGCAUGCGUGUCCGAAGUGAUGAGACUGCAUACGGUAAGCGGGCCAGUACUUCUGGCCUGCCAGCAGGGCGCACGGGAAGGGCGUGUCAGGCAGAUGGCGCUCCAGGUGUUGUCAGUUUUGGGUUUGGGGGAACUGGGGUCGUACUUCUACGUUUUCUUGGUAUUGUAUCACUAUUGUGGACGUGCAGCGAGAUUUUGUGGUGUUUAAGCCCCCGUGGUGUGGAGCAUUCUGGGGUUGUUGGCCGUUGGGGACCGCCCCGCACGCACGUUGUGCUUAGGAAUGGAGAACCAGCGUUGGCACGGCACGCGCCCCCCCUGGAAACUUUAAGCUGAGACUUGACUAUCUUGCGCGUCCAUGCCGCUUUGGGACAUGCUCAGCGAUAAAUGCGCAAGGCCGAGAACAAGUUCGCCCAUGACCCGGCGGGUCGUCCGAGUCGCUUA